UCUCAAUUCCCAACUGCCCUCCACCAACUCUGUAACUUCUAUUCGUUCGACAAUUCUCGCGAUUGUUCUCUCCUCAAUUCUCACAUACAAUAUGAAUCAUCAGCCAUGAGUGAGGCCUUUCUCCGAGGCAUCCAUCAUGCCUUCGCCUUGCCUGCCAUUGCACCUCGCAUAACCAGAGUAUCGCAAAGAGUUGCCUUCUCCUCUGGCCAGACCUUUAGUUAUCAUUUACCAACCCGGUUAUCGACCUCCCUUCCACCCAAAUCUUCUCAUGCACGCCUUCUGAGAUCAACACAGGACCCUGCGUCCUGCCUUGUGCGGCAAAAUAUCAAACCCACCCCAACUAUCGAGCGAUGCCUCAAAAGUCCAUUUGCUCAUCCAAGAGAAGUAUCAGGUCGAGCCGUCUUUCGAAGUAGAACUGGCGUGAGGUCUUUUCACAGCUGCCAAAGACAUCAUGAAGACUUGAAGCCCAGUGAAGCGGACAACAAACUGCGGAGGGAGACAACAGAAGCAGCCUCGAAUCCGACGAAGCAGGGCCCUUCUGAGGAGGCUACUAAUCAAGGGCACAGUCGCCCGCAUCAGGAGCAGCAAGAGCAUUUUUACGACAGACUACACCUGCCACAAUUUCAUCGACCUACCAAGGAGGAACUAUUGGCUGCCGCCACGGGCUUCUGGUCUCGAUUGAAAGUUCGUUUCAAGUGGUUGACUAUCAAAAGUUCCCGGCCGUUCAACGUCGACGAGAUCGUUGGAUUUAUCUCAUGGAUUGCUCUCGGCCACGUCAUUUGGAUUGUGAUUGGAACCACUACAUUUGUCUCUCUUGCAAUUCUUGCCAUCAACACUGUCUUCGCCCAAGAAACUCUGGCUCGCUGGAUAGGAAACUAUCUGACCAAGUCGUCAGGCUUGCAGGUAGUGUUUGAAUCGGCUAUCGUGCCCAAAUGGGGUGACGGCGUCAUCACCUUCCGUAAUGUCUUUGUUUCUCGACGACCUGGGCAGCACAAAUCUCGAGUGACCAAAGGUUCACCGGGAGCUGCCGCCCAGACAUGGUCCGCUGAAGAAAGCAUCUCACCCGACGACCAAAAUUAUACACAAUUCGAUAUCACAAUUGGCGAAGUCAACGUGACUCUUUCUUUUAACAAAUGGUGGAACUCGAAAGGACCUUUGCAGAACGUCGAGGUCAAGCAUGUUCGGGGUGUGGUGGACCGAACGCACGUGUUUUGGACUGGAGAAGAGCUCGAUCCCAAAUCAUAUCGUCACGAGCAUAAUCCCGGAGAUUUUGAAAUCGAGUCAUACAAGAUUGAAGAUCUACUAGUGACAGUCUAUCAACCACAAGGCUUCCGACCAUUCCCCGUGAGUAUUUACAAUGCAGAUCUCCCACGGCUCCGAAAGCAAUGGCUGUUCUACGAUUUCCUCUGCGCCAACAGCAUGACGGGCGAGUUCGACAAGUCUCUCUUUACCAUUCAUCCACGACAGACGCAUUCGUAUACAGGCGCCAAACUCAACGACCCUGAGGAUCCAAAUGAGCCAUGGAAGAAGCAAUCACGAAUUAGGGUAGAUGCCCUGAACAUCGAUCACCUCAACCGAGGCGCAGUAGGCCCUCUCUCUUGGAUCAACGAAGGAAAUGUCGACAUUGUGGCUGACAUCAUGAUCCCAAAUGACGGAGAAGAGUCUGUCAUCAAAGUCAUGACCGACUUCUACGAACGGAUGGAAGAAACCUUGACCUCACGGAAGCAUCUGGAGCCGGUUGAUGAAAGGGCAAAGGGCUUGGACGACAACAUGGACACAUCUCUAUGGCCGCCAAAGCCGUCUGCCAAGGACGAAGAUAAGCGAUUCAUGGUGAUGGAUCUCCGCAUCCAUCUCAAUGAUGUGCGUGCCAGUGUACCCCUCUUCACCCGGGAUCUUUCUUACAUCAACAAUGCUCUCAUACGACCAAUCGUGGCGUACAUAAAUUCUCGACGCACCUUCAUCCCAAUCAACUGUCGAGUUGUGAAGCGACAGUCGGAUUUUGACGGGAGCUGGACUCUAUUUGACUCGGGGCUCCUGGACGAUUUGUCCGCCGAAGUAUAUGAUGCAUUUGCACAAGAUGUUACGGACGAGCAAGCUCGUCUACGGAGAUUUAAAAAGGUGGGACUUUGGAGCCUGCAGUUGGCUGUACAAGCCAUAUUCCUGGGCAUGGCUGGAAAUAUUGCAUGAUGUCGAUAACAAUGGAGGAAUCGACUAUGAUUUAACACGACAGCCAACUCUUCUCUCAAUGACAUUUAUCGGCACUGUAUGGCAUGGAGUUGGUAUGCUGGAUUGUACAAAAGUCUGAGGGUGGGUUUGGGACGCGACAUCGGAUGUGGGUUAAUCCGCAUGGGUCAUCAAGCGUGCGGGCACUGGCAUGUGCUCUGACGAGUAAGGGAGGUUUCCUGGAUCUCGUAGUAAUAGUAAAUACCUCAAUGAUGAACCCAAGACACCUAGUGUACGC